AUGAGGACUAUACUAACCCCACCCAAGACCAUGACCAUUUGUAAAUUGUAUGGUAUCUAUUAUCACAGUGCUUUGCAUCGUGCUUCUGUUAUGUACAGGCUGGUGUGUCUUCCGUCUAUUAAUGCUGGGUUAUUUGAGAGAUUUUUUGACAGAAUUGUAGAUAUAACAAGAAGGAUGUGGAGCAAACAUACUGAAGAUUUGGUGCUAAAUGCAUUUCUUUACAUACUGGAAGAAGAUAUCACUGCAGAGGAAAAUACAGUCCAUUCAAAAAUGGGAAAUUACAAAGUUGAUAAAGAGGUUACCUGAUAGAGCUAACACAACAGUAAGCAAAGACCUGUUAACAAAGAAGGCAAGAUUAUGGCAGGCUCAGCUAGAGGUAAUAAGUGAUUUCCUCCUUCCAGAACAAGUGGUUUGAUGGCAUUGGAAAGUUGAUGGUUCAGUAGAGUUCCAUGAUGGUCCCAAUGAAGCCACACAUCACCCAGAGAACCCUCGUGUCUUUCAUUUCAGGUCAAGUUCAGUCAAAGCCAUUCAAACAAGCUUGGAGACUGCUUAGAAACAGUGUUAUGAGGAACCUGAGGAACUGCCUCUAUACCAGCUGAGAAGAGAGAGUGGGGAACUAGUUUACAACAAGUUACAUCUCAGUGAUGACAGCCCCUCAGCGGCUGAAGAAUGUCAGCCAGAAGAAACUGAUGUCACUACCAAACCACAAGGUAUUUUGCAUUCAAGUUAUUAUAUUAAUCAAUGAUAAAAAGUUCAGUGAAAUGAAACAUGUUAAAAUGUACAUAUACACAAAAUGUUAAGGAAAUAAGCUACCAAAAUACACGCAACAUAUUUGUUCCUGUGGCUUUAUUUAAACACAAAAAAAAUGGUUAGUUGAAAACUAAAUCGCUUCCAUAAUUGCAUGGUGUAGUUCUUGACUUUUUCCUUAGUGCAGUCAAGGAUACUCAGAGUACUUUAUUGAUACAAUGAUGUAGCUAAUUGAAAUGAUAAAACCAAUGUAACAAUUAAUUUACAUGUUCAUUCUAAACAGAACACAACCCAGAAUCAAGCCAUUCUUUAGCUUUUCUGAUACUCUAAAAAUAGAGUGCAGUUACAUAAAAGUUCAGGCUUACAAUACUUUAUUAAAAAAAGAUUUACACUUUGUGUGCUGAAGUGACAUCAGUUUUCCUUGGCUUUGAAAUUAUCAACAAAUCUGCAACAGACCAAUAAAAGUGUAGACAAUCAGUCCCACGGAAACUGAUUAGUAGCACUUAGAAGACUUGUGUUCCUUCUUCUUCUUAGUGAUGUUUUGAGACAAGAGAAUGAUCUACAACUGUAGUUCUUGUGGAAAUAGUCUUAGAUUGAAGAUAUGUAGAUAAAUUGCAAUCAAGUGAUUGAACAAAAUGAUCACAAAUCAGAACUGAUUACUGUCAUUCUGUUAUGCUUUGUGAGAAGUGUAAAGAUUGAGUAGUUUACCCAAUGGUUGCAUUGUGUCACAUGCCUAAACAAGCAAGAUAUUCUGAUCAGGAUAGUGCAGAUGUAGACAAUGUAGCCUCUGUUACCUCACUCCAACUGAAGACUAGCAAUUCUAGCAGUGUUUUAAACUAUCGUGCUGAAUAAAUUACUCGCUCUCCAUCUUGCUAACGGCUACUGGUGGAACCAAUGAGGAUGAAAUGGACAAAUCUUAGUUCAUGGACAUUGAUGGUUGCAGUUUGAGUGAUGAUAAUGUUGAAAACAAUUUAAAUUUCUUCAGGUACAAGUGAGGGGUCAGAGAGCAAUCUGGAUGUGAUUCCUAACACAGCUGAAGAAGAAACAAGAAACAUGGUCCAUUUUGUCAGGAUGCUGUAUUAAGAUUGAUUGAAAUUAAAGGUACUGUGUGAUUUUAAAUCGACAUGUUUGAAGACCAUUUGAAGGGGGGGGGGGACUCUCCAUUGUGAAAACUACAAAAUUGGCCAUACCAUUACCUUGGUGUCAAAGAUAAAAUGGUUUUCUUUUGUAGAGAUGUACAGGAAAAUGACAGCACACUGGCAAGAAAGCAAACACCUGUUGCCUCCUAAAAGGUAAGUGGGGUGGGAACGGUAGAGAAGGGAUUUUGGGAUGGUAUUCAUUUUGCAAAACUCUCCUACUUAUGGAAAUCUGAUAAGUAGUGGACACUGCCAGUGAAAUGCCUAAGAAGCAUCCCUUGUCCCUUGAUCCAUUUCUGGAUUGUUUAUGGCAGAAAUUAACGAUGGGUUCAUCAAUCAUGGCAAUUAUGGCUGAUUUCAACUUUCAAAUUUGUAAUGCAGCAGAUGCGAUGUAAGCAGUCACUUGAACAAUAAUUAAUGAAUCUCUCUAUAUUUAGAUGUUCAUGGCCUGAUGUGAAUUGCAUUGAUAUUUAGAAAUGUGUUCUAGUGUUGUCUAACUUGUGUAUUUCUUUAACCUUGUUGCUUGCUGGGGUGAAGACAUGUAUAUUUGGUAUAAUAAAGUCUUAGGGAGACUACUGACAGGAUGCCUUUUUUAUCACUUUAAAGGAGAUGUAGGCCCCUUUUCUUUUCACUAAGAAACAGCUAAUACAAAGGUAGUCUUCUCACUGAAGUUUCAGAUUCUAAAACGCUUGCCAAUCAUGUGAAAUCUUUGCCUAAUAUAUGGCAAUAAUACUGCCAUCUUGGAUACAGUUAAUGUACAAGUCACCUAACUGAGCUCAUUUUGAGUUUGAACACUUUGCUCUCGUCUAUUACUCUUAAUCUUGGAUUUUUUUUUUGGAUGCUUUUUCGCUACCAUUUUAUCACAAUUAAAAUAAGGUAAUGUUGGUAAGAGGGAAGCGUACAUUUUUGUCUGAUUGAUCAUAAGAUAGGUAUUAAAAUUUGCUGAUUAACCUCUCACCUUGCAUGAGGUUUGAUGUGAAAUUUAUUCCAUGUAGCAGUCUAGAAAUAUCACAAAAUUAGCCACAAAUUGCAAGGAAGUAACUUAGUGCAGUCUUAUUAGUUGUUUUUAAGUACUUACUGCACGUUUUUGUCCUUGUUAACAUUUUUGAUGAACAAAUUUUUGUUUCUGAAAAUAUACAUCUUCAAAGGAGAGAGUCGUAGUAAAUGGAAAUUGUUUUAACCAAGCUGUUGCUCUUUAAAAUGAAACAAGUGAUGAGAAACAAGAGGAGAUCAGUAGGUUGAGUUCCAAUUUGUUUCAGAAAAAAAUCCAAGGUUUUUGAGCUAUCACUCACUAUUUCCAGCUACAUAGACAGUCAUGGUUUCUUCCACACCAAAAUUUUCUAUAGUGGUUUCUUGGGCUGAUCCAACUGACUGAUUGUGGUAGUUUACUGUAACUGCAAAAUUCCUUCCAGUGCUGUACUUGGUAGCCAAUGCAUCACAUGGAAUUGCCUUUAGGGGUCUUUUUGUAUAAUGUUUACAUUUAAUAGUAAUGAGACAUCAAAUACUCUACUGAGAAAAAACACUUGAUAUCUUCAGAACUACAUAAAGAAAAAACCCUAAAAGGAUAAAUUUAUUUCUAAUCUCACAUAUUUUCCCUGAAGUUCCUAAAUAGGUUAUGGAGAAAAUUAUUCCUUUUUCUUAUGCAAAAUUUAUGGAGUAUAAAAAUUGUUAGGGUGAAAGAUGCUGCUCAGUUAUUUCCAUUUCCUGUCCAUGUAUGAACGGUUGUUUUAAGUCUUGUUACAAUAUCCUACCUUGAAGGAAAUAAAAUACACCAUGUCAACUUGUAAUACCUCUUUCCUUUGGGAAGUUAACAUGGAGGGGCAUGAUUGAUUGUUAAUUCUUUUUGUCUUACAUUUUUAGUCUUAAGUAACAAAUGAUUUAUCAUAGAUCGUUGAAAACAUUAUGGAGAAGGCAAUGUUGGAUGAAAUGGCUGUGGACAAGGAUGAAGAGGCAGAGAUGGAGGAAAAUCUUGUUCAUGAAGUGCUGGAGUUUUAUCACCUUUUACACAAGGGGUGGCAGCAGGAAACCUCUGCAGUGGUGGAAUCCUUUUCACUGGGCAUCACUUUAAGAGAGUUGGUGAAGCUGUGAGCGCAUGCAACAUCAGAUUCGUUAUUACAUUCAGAGGAAGUAUCUUUGGCCAGUGAUCAACAAUCAUUACCUUGCUCAGCAGAGGGAAGUACGUCAAUCAUUGAAAUGACAGCCUCUGGUGCUUGCUAGUGACAGUCGAUCUGAAAGCCCUGGUCACAAUGCAAAGAAUGGAAGUAACGAUAGAAAUACUUGUUGAUUCCUCUCUUGUGCAGGUAUAG